CCGGGCGCGGGCGGAGGGAAGAGGAGGCGGCGCGCGCGGCGCUCAGCCCGCAGAAGCCGGUGGCCGCGCAGUAGGACGCAGCCCCAUCCGAGACUCGCGCCGCGCCGAUCUGAUUUGUGUCCACUGUCACCAGUACUGCUCACUUAGGACCUUCUGGAUCCAGACCCAGGCUGCAGCGCACACUGGACUCCUCAGGAAGAAGGAGACUGUGAUUUUGGAUUCCUUGGUGGAGGAAAAUAAAACACUCUGGUCUUGCCCCCAACGAUGCAAGUGUGACUGCUGGCGUCUUCAUGAGCUCCAGAGGUCACAGCACGCUACCAAGGACUCUCAUGGCCCCUCGGAUGAUUUCCGAGGGAGACAUAGGAGGCAUUGCUCAAAUCACCUCCUCUCUAUUCCUGGGCAGAGGCAGUGUGGCCUCUAAUCGGCACCUCCUCCAGGCUCGUGGCAUCACCUGCAUUGUUAAUGCUACCAUUGAGAUCCCUAAUUUCAACUGGCCCCAAUUUGAGUAUGUUAAAGUGCCUCUGGCUGACAUGCCGCACGCCCCCAUUGGACUGUACUUUGACACCGUGGCUGACAAGAUCCACAGUGUGAGCAGGAAGCACGGGGCCACCCUGGUGCACUGUGCUGCAGGGGUGAGCCGCUCAGCCACGCUCUGUAUCGCCUACCUGAUGAAAUUCCACAACGUGUGCCUGCUGGAGGCGUACAACUGGGUGAAAGCCCGGCGACCUGUCAUCAGGCCCAACGUAGGCUUCUGGAGGCAGCUGAUAGACUACGAGCGCCAGCUCUUUGGGAAGUCGACAGUUAAAAUGGUACAGACACCUUACGGCAUAGUUCCCGAUGUCUAUGAGAAGGAGUCCCGACACCUGAUGCCUUACUGGGGGCUUUAGUGCCACCGAAGCCUGCGUCAGCAGCCCGAGUGGGACCGGUGUCUGUUCCCCGCCGUCUGCUCCCUCUCCACUGUCUUCUCAAAUGGCUGACUUCUGGUUCUCCCUCAAGUGUUUUUUACACUGGGUGUUCAAAUUUAUUUUAAGAGAGAGGGAGGGAGGGAGGGGACAUACAGGGAAUGCAUACAUUGCUAGUCAUUUUUAAAAUUAACAUUUUGGAAUAGUGUUUAUGAAGAUCUUUAGCUUUUAAUCAUUUUUACCAAUUUGAACAGUUUAAUAAACUGUUUGGUUCUGCUCUCUUCUGAAUCUCAUCCCUUUGGCACCUUGGUAGGUGCAGGAGGAGCUCAGUGCAAAAAUCACUUUGGGGCCUCAACCCUUUAGAGACAAGCUUUGCCCCAGGCUGCUGACCAGACAGAUGCUUAGGGAAGGUUGAUACCAGCUUCAGUCUCUACUGGAUUAGCCCCUACUCUUUCCUUUUCCCUCUUAUUAUUUAGUGACUCUGUAAGUUAAAAUAAAUACACCCUUAUUAUUUAGCUGUUAAGUAACUAUAAUGAAAUCUGCUGCAAAAACUCUCUUGGAAUCCAUGUGCCCAGGAUUAUAUUAGCAUUAUUUUUAAUAAAUCUAUAUGCUUAACAUAUUA